UCACUUAACAGUGUAUCUGUCUGGAUGUGUUGCUAUCUGGAGAACAUGCAUUUUCCUCUUUGCCUUUUCAUCAGCAUCUCUCUGACUGCAGAGUGUAUGUGUGGCUCCCUGGAAACUGUGGUGGGUGUGUGGGGUAGGGGGGUGAUUCUGCCCUGCAGGUACGAUGCUGGGAUCCAAGCGAGUCUGGAGGUGUGCUGGGGGAGGGGGGCCCAGGCAGCUCUGUUCACAUGCCACCACACCCUCCUCUCCACCAACGGGCGAGCUGUCACACACCGGAGCUCACAUAGGUACCGAUUUGCAUUGGGACUGCGUAGCGGGGAUGUCUCCAUGAGCAUGUCUGGUAUUAGAGAGUCAGAUGCGGGGUUCUACCACUGCCGGGUGCAGCUACCGGGUCUCUUCAAUGACCAGACCCAUGUAGUCCACUUAAUCAUCAGAACCGAUGUUUCCUUUAUAGCACCUCCUCUACCUGCACACCCCCAUCGCCUCUCUGAGACACCUGUUACCCCAAGUUGUAGAUUCACCACAACGCCUGGAUCCACUAAGACACCUGGAUCCACUACAACACCUGAUCAUGUUCUUAUGGACCACAUAACUGGACCUGUACUGGGCCAGGUCAAGAGACCUAGAAUCCAGGGCACAGUGUUUCCUCUUAGUGGGCAGCUGGAGAGUUAUCUUGGAAACACAGUCAGAAUGGCCAUCAUCAUCUUCCUGAGUGCUCUGGUCAUUACAGUCAUAUACAGAAUAAGGAUCUCAAGGAAAUACAAAGAUAUAGAAGAACCUGCCAGUUCCUCUAUUGUCUGACGCUGGACUAGGACUUGGAUGAGGGCUAGAAACCUGGGGAGAUCUGAAUGAGGGUUCUCAGCAGAUCUGCCCUCCUGUUGCUGUUUCAUGAAGCUCUAUAAAUAUAUUAUUUUGUGUUCUUAAUAUUGAUACCGUAACAAAAUGUCUAAUACCAUAACCAUUCUGUAGAAAAAGACAUAAAGUGCAUUGAAUGCAAAAGUAACUGUGUGUUCAAGGACAUGCUAAAACAAAUCCAUCACUAUUAAAUAAUAUACGUUGCUAUGCACAAAAGAAGGUGUACUCCACAUUUUAAGCAAACUUUUGAGAAGGUUUUUUUUUUUACACUUGACAAUAGAAUGUGCAGUCCUCCACAGACACUUUGACCCAUGCAUACGCAGAAAAACUGGAGAAAUUAGGAACUGCGACUCCGAUGGCAGAAGGAUGAAACUCGAGAAAAGCUUUGAAUUGAUCCACAGUGUGCACAGUGCUCAUGAUGCAGUUGGUGAUUACAGUUUUUUACAAUCACUUUGACACUAAUUUCAAAACCUUGAUGUCCUUUUUCAAAACUGUAGACACAAGACUCACAACUGAUGAUCAAAAUGCUAAUCUAAAAAAAUGCUAACACGAUUAUCAAUUGCUUGGAUACAAUACACAUACAACAUUUGUUCAUUGAACUAUAAUCAUCUGUUCAAAAUGACACAACUUAACAUCAAAGUAUUACGAUUAAAAAAUGC